AUGGAAGCAAAAUAAAAUCCAAUUUCAAAAUUUUGUAUAAACUAUCUAGAAAAGAUAGGCAAUGAAAGUAAUUUUUUCUUUUCUCCUAGUUCUAUCUAUUUAGCUUUAUCUAUGGUGGCUGCAGGUUCAGGUGGAUAGACUUUGAAGGAGUUUUAAAAUGUUUUAAGUUUUAAGAAUAUUGGAGAAAUUUGCUAUCAUAUUAAUAGUCUCAGUUCUCAGUUUGAACAUUCAAGUUAAGAAUUCUCAAUUUUAAAUGCAAAUAAAAUAUAUGCAUCAGUUUCUAAUCUUACUUAAAUGUAUAAAGAAUUUAUCAGUUUAUACUUUAAAUCAGGAUUUUAACAAGUUAGCUUUAAAGAUCCUGAAGCUUUGAGAGCUUAUAUUAAUGAAUAGGUAUCAGACUAAACUAAAGGUAAUGUUAAAGAGCUCCUUUAGAGUGGAUUUUUGAAUUAAAAUACAAAUAUGAUAUUGGUAAAUGCUUUGUAUCUUAAAGCAUAGUGGCUAUAUUAAUUUGAUGCUUAAUACACAUAAAAUAUGAAAUUUUACCUUGAUCCAAGUAACUUAGAAAUCACAGUUCUAACGAAAAUGAUGAUGAAAACAGAAAUUUACAACUAUAUAAAAUUUAAUGGAUUUUAAUAUAUAUAGAUUCCUUAUAAAAAUAAAGAGUUUGUUAUGGAAGUAUUUUUACCUGAUUUGAGUUUAAAAUAAUUAGAAUAAAGUUUGACAUUAGAAAUAAUGUAAGAAGCGCUAAAAAAAUCCUAAAAAACUAAAAUUAAAUUAAGAUUUCCGAAAUUUAAAAUAAAUGGAAAAUCAGAAAACAUAGUAAAUGUGCUCUAAUAAAUUGGUCUAAGUUAAGCCUUUUUACCCAUAGCAGAUUUUAAAAGCAUUUCUGAAUGUGAAGAAUUAUAUAUAAAAGAUCUUUUUCAUUCAGCUACAAUUUAAGUAGACGAAAUUGGAACAGAAGCUGCUGCAUCAACUGCAAUUAUUAUAUCUUAACUAAGUAAAGUUAAAGAACCUCCUUAAGUUAUUUGUGAUAGACCAUUCCUCUUCACUAUAACUCAUAUACCAUCAAAAACGAUUAUUUUCUUAGGAAAACUAGUAAACCCUUAAAAAUGA